UAGGCACCGCUCACGUAGCCCGCCAAACAUGCCCUUCUUCUCCUCUCUACUGCAUUGGUUUUCAGGGCUAUUCUUCUCGAAGUCUGCCGAGAUCACUAUCGUAGGCCUUCAGGCCUCGGGAAAAACGUCGCUCGUGAAUGUUAUUGGUAACGGCCAGUGGAGCGAGGAUGUUGUACCGACGGUAGCCUUCCAUUUCCGCAAAGUGCGGAGAGGGAAUGUCACAAUGAAAAUCUGGGAUCUCGCUGGUCAACCAAGAUACCGCUCAAUAUGGGACCGUUACUGCAACGGCGUGGAUGCAGUCGUCUUCGUAGUGGACUCGCAUGACAAGGAAAAGUUCGAAACUGUCAAUUUCGAGUUGCACCAGCUUCUGGCUCAACCAACUUUGAAAGGGGUGCCGUUGCUAGUGCUUGGCAACAAGAAUGACCUGGAAGGACACGCGACGGUGCAAGAGCUGAUCAAGGCUCUAGAUCUGGACAAAGUUCAAAACAGACCAGUUUCUUGUUAUUCGUGCUCCAUGAAAAGCCAGCACAACCUAGACAUCAUUAUCCAGUGGCUCGCAAGCCACAGCCAUUAGCAUUUAUGGC